AUGAAAUUUAAAGCUUUAAAAAAUGUUGAUGGUCCUGUUCUAGCCUCUUAUACUGGCCCAGUUCCGUCCGACUCUCAGCAUUACAAAGUCUUUAAAGGCCCUAUAAUAAAAAAUUCCAAAACUGCAAAGCGCUUUAUUAUAGCCGAGGAUGAACAUGUCGAUUAUGUUGCAGAAACUUCCGAUAACGAUGACUCACAGUGUGAAUACAUGGCCGGUAUAUACAAUGAACGUACAAAAACGUUAGAGUUUAUGAAAGUACCACUUUGCGAAUUCGGUGUCAGAGUCAAGAGGGCGAGAAUCGACAAACCUGAAGAAGAGCAACUGAACUCAGGCAAACAGUGGGACCGUCUUGCUCUUGAAUUUGGCUCCGCUAAAGCAAGAAAACGCAUCAAAGAUAAACGUCUAUACUCGAUCGAUGAAGCAGACCUCGAGAUUGCUCGUACUCAAUAUCUUCCCAAGUUAGCUGCCGAAGUCGCAAGCAAUCCUCGCACACGAGGGCAAAAUUCGGAUAAACAAGGUGCAAAGAAAUUUGAUCCACGUCCUCCGUAUAAUAAAGAUGCAUCGACUCCGGCAGAGGUGUACAAGUUAGAAGACGUCAUUCCUGAUUUGGGUGAUGUCGACGUUGUCCCCUUGUUCAAGGCAGCAAGUAGUGAGGCGCGAAUGGCUUUAAUCCCGAUUGCUUCACCCUACAUGAAAACUCAUCUGUCCUCUGCCAUUGCUGCCGACGAUGUUCAGAAAACAAAGAUUAUACUUUAUUUGACAUACUUGAUUGCAUUCUACAGAAUGGGAGAAGAAGGACAGAUUCGGUCUAGAAAUUUUGUGGAAAAAGAACUCAAGACUGCUAGCAAGUCGUUAAUAGACAGCCUGUAUCAUAAUUUUAGUGAAACUCCCGCCGGCAUGCGUACCAGAGCAAUGUUCACAAAACGAGCCAGCGCCAAGUUGUUGUCGUAUAUAUGUAUCAUUUGCCUAAUCGUUGACAAUUUCAGGGUUGAAUUUGGACAGCUUGCUACUGAUCUUCAGAUCCAAAAGGCCAAACUUAGUAGAUUCUUUAAGAAUGUCGGAUGCACAGUCGAAACUCUCACAAAAGCCGAACGAGAAAAGUUGGGUGUCAGUUACCGAUACGCAUCAGAACACAAAUUCGCUGUGCUUCGGAUACCAUUUACUAUUCCUGAGCAGCAAUCCCGAAAGGGUACGAGCAGGAAGACAUUCGCCAAUGCGUGA